AUAAAAUAAUUACUCCUCUCUCUCUCUAAAAAAUCCCUCAGUUUCAGAGUUCAUCUCCUCUCUCUCUCUCUCUUCACAGUUCCUUGAUUCCCUACAAAUACAUACAAGCUAGACCGGAAUCCAAAGUCCGCACUCAUGCGUCACUUUCUCCUGCUGCUAUGCGCUGCAGCAAUCGCGGAAUGCCUAUAAAAAAUUCGGAGAGAUCAUAUCGGAUUUGAGUAAUUCUCCACGAUGCGGGUGAAGGAGAUGCACCCGCUCUGCUGCAUAACGCUGGAGAGCGGCGGGAUCGGCGACGCCUCGCCGGAGCCGGCUCUCCUGAGGACCGGCUCCGCGGUCAAUUUCGCCGCCCGCGGAUCUGACCCCAAUGCCGGAGGAUCUGACGUCGGCACCAGCACCAGCGUCGCCGGGAUCCUCUACAAGUGGACUAACUACGGCAAGGGCUGGCGAUCCAGGUGGUUCACAUUGCGAGACAACGGCGUCCUCUCCUACUCCAAGUCGCGCCACCCCCAAUCGCCGCCGGGAUCCGACGUCAUCCUCAUCGGCGCCGCCGCGAGGGGAGUUGGAAAGCACGGCAAAUCCGCCGGCAUUGUCCAUUUAAAGAUCUCUUCCUUUCGAGAGAGCAAGUCGGAUGACCGGCGAUUUUACAUAUUUACGGCUACAAAGACUCUUCAUUUGCGGACAAGUUCCAAGAAAGAGAGAGUGGCUUGGAUAGAGGCUUUGAAUUCCACAAGAAGUCUUUUUUCUCUUAGACCGCGGGCUGACAACACCCCUCUCUUAGCUAGAGAACUGUCGGUGUCAACUGAAAGGCUGAAGCUGCGUUUGCUGGAGGAGGGUGUUGGUGAGGGGGUUGUCAACGACUGUGAGCAGAUUGUGCUAUCUGAAUUCUCUGGUGUACAAGGACAGUUUCAACUUCUCUGCGAGGAGCGCUCCAAUUUGCUGGAUACACUAAGACAAUUGGAGGCCGCAAAUAUUGAAGCUGAAGCCUCUGGGAGUAAUGAUGGUGAAUAUCAAUUGAUGAAGCACGAGUACAGAAAUCUGGCGCAGAGAAAAUAUAGUGAGUGGAGCACUACAGAAUCUUCAGAUGAUGUUGAAAAGCAAGAGCUUGAUGAAGCAUCGGAUGAGGAGGAAGUUCACUUCUUUGACACAAAUGAAUAUUUUUCUGAGCAUACAUCGUGUUCUGGAUCAAAAAAUGUAGAUCAGAUGGAUGGUGGCAUGAGUUUGGGAAAUCAAACUAAUGAUGUGUGCAAAGCAGAUGGAAUGGAGAAUGUAAAUAAUCCUAAAUAUCCAAAAGUUGAGAGACGGAAGAAGUUACCGGAUCCAGUUGAGAAGGAGAAAGGUGUUAGUCUAUGGUCUAUGAUUAAGGACAACAUUGGCAAAGAUUUGACACGGGUUUGCCUCCCUGUAUAUUUUAACGAACCAAUAUCGUCUCUGCAAAAAUGUUUUGAGGAUCUGGAGUACUCUCAUCUUUUGGAUCAGGCAUAUGAGCAUGGGAAAUCGGGAAAUAGUCUUAUGAGGAUUUUGAAUGUUGCUGCUUUUGCUGUAUCGGGAUAUGCUUCAUCAGAAGGCCGUCACUGCAAACCCUUUAAUCCUCUACUUGGUGAAACUUAUGAAGCUGAUUAUCCAGAGAAAGGAAUUCGCUUCUUCUCUGAAAAGGUCAGCCACCACCCUACACUCAUUGCUUGUCACUGUGAGGGCAAAGGUUGGAGAUUCUGGUGUGACACAAACGUUAAAUCAAAAUUUUGGGGAAGAUCAAUUCAAGUUGAUCCUGUUGGAACUCUUAAUUUAGAGUUUGAUGAUGGGGAGAUUUUCCAGUGGAGCAAGGUCACAACCAGCAUCUACAAUCUGAUUCUUGGCAAUAUCUACUGUGAUCACCAUGGAACAAUGCAUAUCCAAGGUAAUCGCCAAUAUUCAUGCAAACUCAAGUUCAAGGAGCAGUCUAUUCUUGACCGCAAUCCUCACCAGGUUAAUGGGUUUGUUGAAGAUACCGCGGGGAAAAAAGUGGCUCAAUUAUUUGGAAAGUGGGAUGAUAGCAUGUAUUUUGUAAGUGGUGAAGGAACUGACAAUGCAAAAGAUAGGUCUGAGGCAUCUUUGUUGUGGAAGAGAAAUAAGCCUCCCCCGAACCUCACUCGCUAUAACCUAACUUCUUUCGCUAUUACACUGAACGAAUUGACACCGGGACUGAAGGAGAAGCUCCCUCCUACAGAUUCAAGACUCAGACCAGACCAAAGGCAUCUGGAAAAUGGGGAAUUUGACAAGGCAAAUGAGGAAAAGCUUCGUUUGGAAACGCGACAAAGAAUGUCGAGGAAAAUGCAAGAACAUGGUUGGAAACCAAGAUGGUUCGAAAGAGUUGGAGAAGGACCUUUCCGCUACAUUGGCGGAUACUGGGAAGCCCGGGAACAAGGGAUGUGGAACGGAUGCCCAAAUGUUUUCGGCGAGAUAACUGAAGACAUAAUAAAUUCCUUGGAGCCUUCUUAACCUUGGAGAGAAAGAGAGCUUGGGAGAGUUGGUAGCAGCAUGCUCAUAGAUGAAAUGGAGCUUAAUUUCUUCGGAAAACUCCUUUAAAUUCGAUCAAAUAUUUUUUUAGAGUCGGCUAAUUACGGUAAAAAAAAAAAAAAAAAGAGAGAAGCAAAGGCAGUACUAUAAUGUGACAUUCUACCUCACAAGACUUAUGCGAUCUACCAUUUUACUCCCA